UAGACAGACAGUACAUCCUCAGAGGUGAGACAGCACGACUGAAGAGGAUCUUCAAGGAGAGAGACAGACAGGCAGACAGAAAAGGAAACUGGGAUAUAUCCGUCCUACAGAUUUGCACCCAGAGGACUUCACUUGUUUCUUUAAAGAAAGCGUGCCAUUUGGGGGGUUACUAUGGAAACCAGGACGGUGAUGCAGCGUGAGCGGGAGGAGCAGUCGUCCAAGAUGUCUCAGAGCAUGCAACUGUCCUCCCAGAUUCAGAAGAAGACCUUCACCUCCAGUGAUGAGGACGCCUCCUACUCUGAUUUGUAUCCCAUCAUCCCCGCUGACCUGAUGUCCGUCAAGGAGCUCCUGGACAUGGACCACCUCCCCCGCCACAGGACAUGGGAAUUCCUGAAGGAAACUCUGGCUGCUAAUAAGGGGUAUCGGAGAGAUGAGUGGACCAUGUUUGGGAACGAGGCUGAGAAGGUGGAGCUGGAUGUGAUCAGGAACCAGCGAGUGUUACGCAAACGCGUUGACACCAUGGCACUUCGCAAGCAGGCACAAAACAAGGCGUCUGCCCACUUGAGGUACCUGGAGCGUCUGAGUCAGAGGGCCCCAGACUUUGCGGUCCCCCUGAGGGCCCACACAGUGUGGGAGGGCAUGACCGUCACCCUGUCCUGUAUCGUCCAGGGCUGCCCGCCCCCAAAGGUCACCUGGUUUAAGGAUGGUUGGCCACUGAGGAUGUCUGACCAACCAUGGAACUACAGUCUUCAGCAAAAAUUUGGUGUAAACUCACUGGAGAUCAGAAGGUGCUCUCCUGAUGAUGCUGGAAAGUAUAAAGUGGUGGCCAAGAGUCCCCUGGGGGAAGCGAUGACAUUUGGAACACUUGUUGUGAACUCAUAUCAAGGAGCAGUGGCUGGUUCAGAGAGUUCCAAGACCCCCAUGAAAUAUGAGAAUGCAGCCCAGUUUGGCAGCACCUUCCCCCCAACAUGGGUGAGAGAGGGUGAGAGCUUCACGCUGCAAUGCACCUUCACCUCGGCUCUGCUGCCCUCCCUGCAGGAUGCCACAUGGUUUAGAGAUGGCAUACAGCUGCAUCCGUCGAACACCGUAGACAUUAAAACAGCUGAUGACAACGCCUCCAUCACUUUUAAGGCUGCACACAAGGAACUUGAAGGUGUUUACACCAUCCAACUGAGGACCUGUGAUGAAAUCCAGGAACACAGUGCUUUCGUCUAUAUCGUAGAUGCAUCAGCGGCGGUGCUGGGAGGCCCCGCCUCUCCUCUGGCCGUCAAGGUGUCUGAUGUCAACAAGGACUACGUCUUCCUGACCUGGCAGCCCCCCAGUGCUGAUGGAGCCUCAUCUGUGGAGGGUUACUAUGUGGAGAGAUGUGUUGUCGGGGAAGGGGAGUGGGUGCGCUGCAAUGUAAAUAUUCAGAAAAUGUGCUACUACCCUGUGUCCGGGCUAAAGGAGGGAACUCUGUACCAGUUCAGAGUUCGUGCUGUGAACCAGGCUGGAGCAGGACGCCCCUCCAAGGCCACCGAGCCCGUCCUCACUGCAGACCCGCUGCAACACACCAGGACCACAGUGGUCAAAGUGGACAGAGGGAGGACGAUCACCGUGACAAAAGAUGAACUGGAAGGUGAGAAAGAAGAGAAUGAUCAGUUCUUGGUUGUGUUCUGUGAAUGCACACAAUGGCUCAAGGUGGUGCGAAGGCUGUGA